UCUGGACCGCCUGGAUUCAGUGGACAUGCUGCUGCCCUCCAAGUGUCCAAGCUGGGAGGAGGACUACAACCCCGUCAGCGACAGCCUCAACGACUCCAGCUGCAUCAGCCAGAUUUUUGGACAGGCCUCCCUGAUCCCCCAGUUGUUUGGCCAUGAGCAGCAGGUACGGGAGGCAGAUCUGAGUGACCAGUAUGAGGCAGCCUGCGAGUCUGCCUGCAGCGAAGCGGAGUCUGCAGCCGCCGAGGCACUGGACUUGCCGUUGCCCAGCUACUUUCGCUCCCGCAGCCACAGCUACCUGCGGGCCAUCCAGGCGGGCUGCUCGCAGGAGGAGGACAAUGUCUCCCUGCAGUCCCUCUCCCCUCCGCCCAGCACUGGCAGCCUCAGCAACAGUCGCACGCUUCCAAGUGAGUACUGAGAUUGGGGGCAGGGGGUGUUUGUUUCUCACAAGGGAACCCCCAGGGACCAUUCCUGGUGGACCAGAUGUGGAGAAUGCCGGGGAAGAACCCAUGGUGGGCCAGCCAGGGUU